AUGGUGGCCGACAAGUCGAGCCAUCUUAAGGGCACCUUCCAAAAGGCCCUAAAAGAUUCGGUCAAGGCGUUAAAGGAAGUUUUUGAGGAGCUCAGGACACACUCCGUGUCUGAUGAAACGCGACAAUUAGAGGCCGCAAAUAAGCGCCUCAAAGCGGAGCUAGCAGAUGUGCGUUGCGAGCUUCGCAAAAUUCGCGAGGACAUGGAACGGCUCCAAAUGCCGCGUUGGGACUCACCUCCCUCAAAGGCAAUAGACAGGGAGGCGCCGCAGCCCGCCGCUGCCCUCGGACGUCCCCAUGUGGACGACCUGAUCGGGGCAAUCACAGUUAAGGUGGGACGUAUCCUUGACGACAGACUCGGAGCCUUGGAGCGAGAUGGCAGGCUUCUGCCAAACAAAACAGGACAGACCCCACUGGCAGUAGACCGGGGACGACAGGCCGCGCAAACGGUCACACCGGGGAAAGCGGCAGGGGUCAGGCCUUCCCGGGGCCCCCCAAAUUUUACGGUCGAGCCCCAAAAGGGCGAAAAGAAGAAGAGAAAGAAGGCGAAAUCACAGCCCACUGCUGUCGCUGGACCGUCGGCCCCAAGCGGUCAGCAGCCGCCACCCCCUGCACCUGGGUCCUCGGACCAGCAAUGGACUUCAGUGGUGAGUAGGAGCGCGAGGAGGAGGGCCGCUGCACAGUCGAAGACGCAGCCCCAGGCAAACACAAAAAGGAAGGCAGCGAACGAGAAGGCUCAGGCAAAGGCAAAGACACGUAGUAGAGGUCUUCGCCCGCCGCGAUCGGCAGCUGUGGUGCUGACGCUGCAACCGGAAGCUGAGGCAAACGGCGCAACGUAUGCCAAGGUGCUGGCCGUAGCAAAGGAGAAGGUCAAGCUAUCUGAUCUGGGCAUUUCCGAUUUGCGUUUUCGGCGGGCAGCCACUGGCGCACGGAUCCUGCAGCUGCCGGGUGUGAACAGCGGUGAGAAGGCCGAUAAACUGGCAAGGGAGCUGGCGGAAAAACUGGGAGAGGAAGUCCGAGUGUCCAGGCCGACAAAGUGUGCGGAGUUGCGACUAUCCAACCUGGAUGACUCUGUGACGUCGGAGGAGGUAGUCGUCGCCGUCGCUCGAGCCGGGGAAUGUACUCAGGAUCAGGUCAAGGCAGGGGAAAUCCGCCGGGAUCACACUGGUCUUGGUACAGUCUGGGUACGCUGCCCGGUCACGGCGGCAAAGAAGGUGUCCGACGGUGGUCGUUUCCUGGUUGGAUGGUCUUCGGCACAGGUGAAGCUGCUGGAGCCCAGAAUAUUACGCUGCUACCGCUGCCUGGAGGUUGGGCAUGUCAGGGCGCAAUGCCAAGCGCAAAUAGAUCGCGGCAGUCUGUGCUACCGAUGUGGAAAGCCGGACCACAAGGCGGCACAAUGCUCGGCCGAGCCCCACUGUGCAGUGUGCGAGGCAUCGGGUAAGUCGGCAAGCCAUGCCCUGGGCUCCAAGGCGUGCACUGCCCGAGGACCGAGGAAGGAUAGGAAGACUCGCGAUGGCCCCCCGGCCCCCUCGCAGUCUUCCCAGCCGGCCGCAACAUCACCCGCGGCCAGCAAUGCGUUGGGGGAAGCAAUGGCCGCUGAAUAA